AUGAUGCUAAACUCCGAACAAACAGAGAUACCCGCUCAUUCAGAGACUGAGUCUGUCUUCAGUGAUUGCGGAGGUGGAGGAGGACUGAGUGAUAUUAGUGGCAUCAGCUUAUGUGGAGAAACACGGAUUUGCGACUCGAGUGACUCCGUAAAACGAGAGCUUCAGCACUUAAGUCGAGAGGAGAGGCGAAGACGGAGAAGAGCCACAGCCAAAUACCGCACAGCACAUGCUACACGGGAACGCAUACGGGUGGAAGCAUUCAAUUUGGCCUUUGCGGAGCUGAGGAAGCUUCUGCCAACUCUUCCUCCUGACAAGAAACUGUCAAAAAUUGAGAUCCUCCGUCUAGCUAUCUGCUACAUCUCUUAUCUCAAUCAUGUUUUAGAUGUGUGA